AGAUCAUCUCAGGUUCCCGACCACUUACCAUUGUGAAUGUGAUAAAAUACGGCUCUUAUCCAAAAUUUGCGUUUUUUUGAAACACGCCCCGCAAACGUAAAUUUUCGUAACAAACAGCCGUUCUUAGACUUAAGAGUCAUCGGUCAAAACUGAAGAAAAUAUCACACAGAAAGCGACUUUUAGAUCAACUUCCUAGAUGUAUUCCGCAAACUCUUAAGACAUUUUAGGAAUAUCUCUUGGGAAGCCCGUACGAAAGUUGUCUUUUUUGACCUGUAGAUCUUAGCUUUGGCCCCUACGCUGGGAUAAACAUAUUGCUGACAGGCAGAAAACACGUUGCGGGUUGUCUAAGAAAAUCUUUCAGAACUGUUUUCCAAACUAGCUUAUUUCGCAAUCCAAGAUUUGAAAUCCAUCUUGAUGCCUACGAGUUUUUCUUUUGUGCUUUUCCUACCAGAGCAUCGGCAGCUUAGAGCAGAAAACUGUGCCGGUCCCGUGGCGGGCAAUUUUAUCCUCCUCGGCCGUGUGGUCUCUGAUGGCUACGCACGUCGCCUACCUCUCGGGCUACUGGGUCAUUAUAACUUGUACACCCUCUUACCUCAAUAACUUACUGGACAUCGGCAUAGAAUGGAAUGGUCUCAUCUCAGCUGCUCCUCAUCUGUCCAUGGGACUUUGUUCACUAUUCUUCGGCUGGCUUGGCGACGUUGUUGGGACGCGGGAGAUGCUGUCCCUUUCAUUGAAUAGAAAACUGUUCAACACUAUUGGUGAAUGGGGUCCUGGUCUACUAUGCGUAUUAAUUGGUGCAUUCGGUGCCAAUUACCCGAUCCUAGCCGUCAGCCUUCUUGUGGUUGCCUGUGGUCUCAUAAGCGCCACCUUCUCCGGCGAGUUCGUGAAUUUCGUUGACAUUGCACCUAAUUUUAGCGGAAUAACCUUUGGCAUCGCAAACACUGUCGGUGCCUUUGUAAGCGCAUUCGCUCCUUACCUGGAAGGCGUACUUGUGGAUCCUGCCGUUGUGGCCAGGCCAAAUACCUUCUGAUUUGUUACCGGAUCGUGACAGCACCAGUCUUGCCAAAAGUGACCAUGCUCUUUUAGCAUAGGAAUCGCAAAACGCAGUUUUUGG